AGAUACCCUGAUGUUGCACAUGUGUCUAAUUUUUAGUUUUCACUGUUGCUGCAGCAUAUGUUCCUUGACUUAAAUGAUAUACUGUACUUUAUUUCAGAGCCAUCGGGGCCUCCUCUGGAUGUUCGAGUGACUCCUGAGUCAUCAACAUCACUGCGUGUGACGUGGGAACCACCAGCCAGAGACCUGUGGAAUGGCAAUAUACUCGGCUAUUAUGUAGGCUACAGAAAUCAUGCUCAUGCUGCUGACUACAACUUCCAGACUGUUGAGGUUGGUUCAGCGUAUGGUGGAAGUUCGACGUUAUCUGGGUUGCAGCAAUAUACAAGGUAUGAGGUUGUGGUACAAGCUUUCAAUAACAGAGGAGCAGGACCUCUCUCAGCUCCUGUCAUUGCUACCACUGAGGAGGAUGCUCCCAGCCUGCCUCCUGAAACAAUACGAUGUGAAGCAACGUCUGCAAAGAGUGUGUCUGUUGCCUGGCGUCCUCCUCCUGGCCAGGGUCAGAAUGGUUUAAUUAAGGGAUAUAGAGUACUCUAUAUGCCUGCAUCACAAUACUCAGACGAAGAAGCUCAAGCAGAAACGGCAGCGGAAAGCACUAACAUAUUUAAUUUAGAGAAAUUCACAAAUUACAGCAUCAGUGUUCUGGCAUACACAAGUGCUGGUGACGGUGUGCCUUCACAACCAAUAUUCUGCACCACGCUGCAGGAUGUACCAGAUGCUCCAGCGGGGAUCAAAGCUGUUGUGAGUUCUUCCACUACGAUCCUUGUGACAUGGCUGGCUCCACUGAAGAUCAAUGGUGUCCUGACUAAGUACACUCUCUACAUGGCUGUCAGCAGUGAGCAGAGGAUGAGAGAGUUACCAUCGAGAACCCUGGGUCCAGGCGAGACCUCUUACGUUGCUGAAGGUGUGAGCACCAGAGACAAAUAUGAGUUCUGGGUGUCAGCCUCCACACAACGAGGGGAGGGACCACCUACUGAAAAAGUUUAUGUUCACCCAACAACUAAAGUAUCAGCUCAAAUUGCAUCAUUUGGAGGUCCUCUGGAAGUUGCUUGGAAGGAAGAUGUAAGAUUGCAGUGUCACUCUGUGGGAGAACCACCUCCUCACGUCACUUGGAAGCACAAUUCAAAAAAUAUCAUACCUACUGAUAGAAUUCAGGUACGACCUAAUGGAUCUUUGUUUAUCCGAGAUGUGCAGAAGAGUGAUGCUGGGAACCUUAGCUGCACAGCUGCCAACACUCAUGGUGCUGAUAGUAUUACAUAUAUUUUAACAGUACAAGAGACAUUUAAGGCCAGCUGGGAAGGUUAUGUGAUGUAG